CAGUUGGAGAUGCGCGUUGCAUUGUGGGCACAUACGGCGCAGAGGCUCGGGCGCACAAAGGGAUGGAGAGCGCACAUUUACACCGCUUAAUGCCCGCGUAAUGUGAGCUGGAUUCAUGCGAGUGUUGGCUCGGAGGUGGCGUGUGACGGCUGGAAGCCUGACAAGUGUCCAAAAGGCGCAGGACGGCGCACGGCGCUGCGCUCUGUCCGACUACAGCUGCUUUGUGUCGGCGCAGCAUCCCCAGGCCCCUCCGCCUGCACGGGCCUGACCGCGGAAGCUCUCCUUUUCCCUGUUCUAUCCUGACUGCAGCAUGGGGGCCAAGACCUUCACCCACACCUCGGCGUCCCACAGUCAGGAGAUGCUGGACAAACUCAAUGCUCUGCGCAGCGAGGGGCACUUGUGCGACGUCACCAUCCGAGUUCAGGACAAGCUCUUCCUCGCUCAUAAGGUGGUCCUGGCCUGCUGCAGCGACUUCUUCCGCUCCAAACUGGUGGGGCGCUCGGAGGAGGAGGAUAAGUUUGUGUUGGACCUCCAUCAUGUCACAGUCAGUGGCUUUGCUCCGCUGCUGGAGUACGCCUACACCUCCACUCUCUCCAUCAGCACAGAGAACAUUAUCGACGUACUGGCGGCUGCGAGCUACAUGCAGAUGUUUGCCGUGGCCAGUACGUGCUCAGAGUUCAUGAAGUCGAGUAUUCUGUGGGGCCCGAGCAGCAACAACAGCCUCAGCGCGGAUAAACAGCACGAGUCCGUCCCAGAGAGCGCGUCCUCUCACUGCACGCUCACUCCGAUGGACGGCAGCGUGUCGCCCGUGUCCUCGGACUGCAGCGUAAUGGAGAGGAACGUACCGGUGUGUCGAGAAUCACGGCGGAAACGCAAGACCUUCAUGACCAUGGCAUCGCCCGAAAGCCCGCUCAAAUGCACUACACAAAUGGUGGCCACAUCUCCUCAGAUCACAAACCCGUCACCCUCUUUCUCAGACAAUGCGGCUCAGCCCGUAGAGUCGUCUUUGGCCUUUCCGUGGACUUUUCCGUUCGGGAUCGACCGCAGGUUCCACUCAGAAAAGUCCAAACUGUCCGAAAGCCCUCGCUGUUUGGACCAGGGGGCUGCGGGGACGUCUGAGGUGGUGGGUCGCCGCCUCAGCGACUUCCUGUCCUGUGAGAGCUCGAAGGCAGUGUCGCCCCCUGUGGCUGCGGAGGAGGAUGACGUGAGGGUGAAGGUGGAGCGUUUGAGCGAUGAAGAGGUGCAGGAGGCUUCGCAGGCCGUCAGUGCCUCCCAGAGCUCUCUGAGUGACCAGCAGACUGUCCCGGGCAGCGAGCAGGUCCAAGAGGAGCUCCUCAUCAGCCCACAGUCCUCCUCUAUCGGCUCCAUGGACGAGGGCGUGUCGGAGGCGCUGCCAUCAAUGCAGGGCGCCUCGAAUGCUGGAGGACACAACGAAGAUGAUGAAAGGCUGGAGGGUAUUCAGUAUCCAUACCACCUUUAUAUCAGUCCCUCAGCCAGACCUGGUACUAAUGGUCCUGACAGGCCCUUUCAGUGUCCCACGUGUGGAGUCCGAUUCACUCGGAUACAAAACCUUAAGCAGCACAUGCUCAUACAUUCCGGCAUUAAACCUUUCCAGUGUGACCGCUGUGGGAAAAAGUUCACACGGGCCUACUCCCUAAAGAUGCAUCGACUGAAGCACGAAGGUAAACGCUGUUUCCGGUGCCAGAUUUGUAGCGCCACAUUCACGUCCUUCGGUGAAUAUAAGCACCACAUGAGGGUCUCCCGACACAUAAUCCGCAAGCCGCGGAUUUACGAGUGCAAAACAUGCGGCGCCAUGUUCACCAACUCUGGAAAUUUAAUUGUACACCUGAGGAGUCUGAACCAUGAAGCCUCCGAGCUAGCAAACUACUUCCAGAGCAGUGAUUUCCUCGUGCCCGACUACCUGAGCCAGGUGCAGGAGGAAGAGGAGGUGCUGGGAGUGCAGUACGACCCCCCUGUCCCCGUCCCGUACCCCGGCAGCUCUGUGAACGCCCCAUCCUCCUCAGUGCACCUGCCCGUCAUCUCACAGGUUUCCUCCUCCACCCACCACUGCGAGAGCUCCUCAGGCUUCCUCUCUCCGGAGCCCGCAGACCCGCUGGAAGCCCCACCCAGCCCCAAGAUCGCGGCCGGUGACGCAGAGGGCGUGACGGAGGAGGUGAAGUCUGAGCACAGUGUGGGUGACUGUUCCCCUGAAGCGUUUGAGGAGAAUCAGCCCGAUCAGGCAAAGGAGCUGGCCCCUAUUACCAUCGAGUGAUUCGCGUCUUCUCUUUCUGCGCUCAUGUCAUGUGGCAGUUUCUACGGACAGAAAGAACUGUUGGGAUGUUUGUCACGUGUUGAAAUCACGUGAUGCCGCUGAGGAUGUGCCAUGAACACGUUUUCUUUUAACCUUUUAAAUGCAUUCACAACUGCAAAUCAUUUCUUUUUACGUGUAGAGCUCGAGAUCGGAGCCGUAGAACAACCCGAUAAUCCGCUGGAUCACAACGAGUAAAUACAUUAAUUACACUAUAUGGUUAGAAUAGUUUUAAUUGAAUGCUAAGUUUAGCCGUUAGCAUCUUAAAAUCUCCAUUAGUUUAACAUUGGGCUGAAAAUGUAUGAUGACGUAAUAGUGAUUGACGCUUCCCCAUAUGACGUGAAUGCAGUAUUUUCCUGUUUUCUCGGUGGCUUAGAUUCAAACCUCACCCUUGUUUUUGGAAAGUGCCUGAUGCAUCUUUUAACUAAGAGAGUUGGAGGAGAGAGCCGCCAGAGACAGACUGAGCUGUAGGGAUCCGUGUUUGUGGUGACGCUUGUCUGUUUGGGCUGAGACUGUGUUAUUCCUUCAGUGCCAUCUCUAUAGGCAAACUGUUACAUGUCUAUAAUAUCUAUCCUGCAAUAGCUUGUACUGUAGUUUACUCUUUGAAUGCUGUGUGUUGUGAAGUAUGAUUUGUCAGAUGUGUGUAUGUGCAUAUCUUUUAUCAAUAGUAUGUAAAUGUUAAAAACUUGAAACUAUAAGGACAGAGUAUUCAUGUUGCAGUAUUUUUCAUCUUUCUAACAUUGACAUUCAUGUGUCUAAAUUCUAAAACAGUUAUGAUUGUAAUGUCACUGCUGUUUGUUUUGGUGUGUUUUAUAUUAGAGGAAAAAUAGCAAAGAAUGAAAUUUCUUCAAUCACCCAAACGUGCUCCUCACAAAAUAUUUAAUGUAGCAUUUCAUUCUUUAUAAAGCUUGUAAAAUGCUAAGAUUUCAGCCUUUAAGCCGUGUCCUUUAUUUUGCAGCAGGCCCAUAUUUUCAUAUUUUUGUUCAAAAUAAUUUGUAGAAUAACUUUGAGUUCCUUUGUGUUUAAACCCUGACUGAAGUGGUGCAUCUGCAGUCGUAGCGUCGCAGAUGCUGGUAGAGCGUAGGCCAUUAUAUGGCCCAUAUUAUUAUUUGCUUGGUAACAUUUUGUAUUUGCUUCUGAAGCAGUGGUGUGAAUGCUCGUACUGUGAGUCAAAUGACAUGAGUCUAACAUUAUGAGCCGUUUCUUCCGUUCACUCAAACUGUUUUUGUCGAUCUAAGUUCAGUGCCAAAUGGCAGCAGUUCUUGUGCCUCUGUCGUGAACAGUCUUUGUUUUCUCCCUCUGCUACAGCAGAAUUUUAGACUUUGAUACAAAGAGUUGAAUGUAAAUUAUUGCUGUAAUGAAGUGUCAAAAACACACUGACCAGUAAAAUCUGUACGAUUCAAAUGCACUCGUGUCACCCUGUGCCAGCCGAUCUUUGACUUUCCGUAGUUGUGCCAUUUGCCCGUUUCCUGGGCUCUAAUCAAGCUUUUACCUGAAGGACCAAAUGUUCUCUCGAUGGGAUUUGCCGAGGCAAUCAGUUAUUGCACAUGUUAAAUAAAAGAUAAUCAAACCAAGUGGUCCACACUAUUCAAGGGUCCACUGACCCUCCAACACUGUAAGAUGUGGUGCAGUUCAGAGACUAGCCUUAGUACAUGGACCUGAAACUCGACUUGCACACCAUCUAAAUUUAAAAGUUUCAUUUUCCAUUUGUACGUCAUUCUCCUCAUCUGUUGUCUGUUUUAAAACAACUUUUUACAAUGAAAUGCUGCUGUUUGAUGAAACGCAAAAGUGCCCAAAAUAUUUUUGUGAACCAAUGGUGUGCAAUAAAUGGACAGGUGUUGUUUUUGAAGUCACUUUUUGGUCUUCUAUAUAUAUAUACAUAUAUAUAUAGUAUAAUGUCUUAUAAAAAGAAGAAUGUAUUUUGUUUGAAAUGUGACUGAGGUGAAUUACAAACCCAUGUGUGAUCUGUGAAACAGUCGUUUAGACCAAGUGACUGGUUUUCUUCAGCUUUGUGUUGAUUUGAUUGCUGCAUGUCCAUAUACUGUAGUUGUGUGCAGUGGGAGCAUGUCUUCAGUUGGCAAUGUUCUGGUCAAGAUUUUCUUGGAUAAAGAAUCUCCGUUAACCCAAACGUCAGUGUCCAGCAUGCCACCUCUUUUCUGUAUGUGCAAUGUUUUAAACUAUAUUGAUCCUGUCUGGGACAUGCCUUUAAUGUACACUUGAUGUUGUAUACGUUUUCCAGUCCACAUGAAAAUAUAAAGAUGGUAGCCCACUUUAAUUACAUAAAACAAUAUAUAUUUUUGGUGACUUUUGUAUUCUGGUUGCUGUUUUAUGGCAUCUUUGGAUAUUCUUGUUAAUGUGAAUAGUACAGGGGCCUUGGUUGUCUUCACUUGUGACUGUCCGUGUACAAAACAAUCAUACAAAGCAUAUACUGUUGGCCAACUGAUAACUACCUGCUUUGAGGCAAAUGUAUUUGCGUCACUGGUUCUGUGUCUCCAUAGAAGAGUCCAGAAGGCAUCGCGGGCCGUAUAUUGAAGAUUCUGUUUGGUGUUGAAUGUUUUAACUACAGAUAUCACAGCUGGCUGUUCUGACCAGACUCUGUAUAUGGGACUUUAUGGUUGUUCUUAAUCUUUACUAUAGUGUUCUGGCUUUGCUGUCCUGUUGUUACUGAUAAAGACUUGUUUUGUAAAAGUAUAAUAUGUAAAUAAAAGACCAAGUCG